CAUGGAGACAUUGGGAGCAGUCGAAUCCGGCCAGAAACGCGUCGCAUCGAAAUGAAGCUCUUGAUCAACGCGCUGCUGAGGUCGGCGAGCGGCGUGGGUUCGCAGCGGCAGCGCGUUGCGGCGCUGGGGCGAUGCGGACUGUGCAGUAAGUCCGAGCCGAGCUUUGGGUUGCUGUUUGACAUCGAUGGCGUCUUGGUGCGAGGAAAGACCCCCAUCCCAGCAGCAAAGAGAGCUUUCCAGAAGCUGGUGGACGCAAAGGGACAGUUCGUGGUUCCGGUUGUCUUUGUCACCAAUGCUGGCAACUGUUUACGACAGAAGAAGGCCGAUCAGCUGUCUCACAUACUGGGUGUUCCUAUAUCGCAAGACCAAGUCAUGAUGUCUCACAGCCCUUUGCGAAUGUUCAAGAAAUAUCACGACAAGCACGUUCUGGUGUCUGGACAAGGUCCUGUGCUCGACAUCGCCAAAAAUGUGGGCUUCACAAACGUGGUCAGUAUCGACAUGCUGCGCGAAUCUUUCCCUCUGCUGGACAUGGUGGAUCACAACAGACGGCCCAAACUACCGUCUUCGCCUGUGGUGAACCUCCCCAGAGUUGAAGCUGUAGUUCUGUUUGGGGAGCCCAUUCGAUGGGAAACGAACUUACAGCUCAUCAUUGAUGUCCUUCUCACCAACGGCAAUCUGAGCAACGCCUAUGAAACCACUCUCUCCGCUCAUCUGCCGCUCUUGGCCUGUAACAUGGAUCUCAUGUGGAUGGCAGAGGCACAUUCUGCAAGAUUCGGUCACGGCACUUUCAUGGUGUGUUUGGAGAACAUCUAUAAGAAGAUCACUGGCAAAGAUCUGAAGUAUGAGGCCCUCAUGGGGAAGCCCAGUGAACUGACCUACCAUUUUGCUGAGUUCCUCAUUAGAGAACAAGCUACUGAGAGAGGCUGGAGGGCACCGAUCAGAUCCCUGUAUGCUAUCGGGGACAACCUGAUGACUGAUAUUUAUGGUGCCAACCUCUACAACCGCUACCUCGAUGAACGGAUGGCCAGGAAGUCCACCAAAGCAGUGGCGAACAUGGUGACUGGAGCAGGGACGCCCGCCAGCGUCCCUCAGGAGGUGGACAUGGACAACGGCUGGGAAAGUGAGCUUGCGUCGCCCUCCGCCACGUCCUGCAAGUCCAUCCUGGUGUGCACAGGCGUCUACAACCCCCACAUGGAGUUACCUAAAGACGCCAGCCAGUGCAUCAAAGAGACCGUCUUCCACGGCCACCGCGACUUCCGCUUCGACCCAGCUCUGGUGGAGCCAGAGAAGAUCGCCGAGGACGUGGACGCUGCUGUCGAGCUCAUCUUUGAGAUGGAGAAGUUCGGGACUGCAGUUUAGUGACGUAAAUAUAGUGGUGCUAUUGAUUUAAUAUGAACAGUCAGUGUGAAUCCGCCUUCCCAUUUUAGUAUGUUUUAUGGAGAAAACCUCCACAGAUGAGCACAAUGCAUAACUGAGAAAACAGGAGCGAUCAUUAAAGAUCUCGUGGCAUUUUUAGCUUUACUGGAUUGCAUGAUUUCAUUUUAACUGUCAGGUGUUCGUGGUCCAACAGUAUUUUUUCAGAAGCUCAUGUGCAUGUUCUACUCUCUAGUGUGAGUCGAGAGGCAAGAGAGGUCAUGAAAUUACACAGUGUUCCAGCUGUAGACUGAUGUGGGGUGAUUAAAAUAAGGGCAAAACUGUGGCAGAAGCACAAAAUGGAUUGAAUCUGUGACCUUCUGGAAGCUACUCUUCUGCACCCCUGGAUUGCAAGGGCUAUCAGUCUGCCUUUUUUAAUAGACUGUGUCCUAGACCAGGGAUCCUCAAAUCUGGCUCACGAGAUCCACUUUCCUGCAGAGUUUAGCUCUAACCCUAA